CCGCUGUCACAGUCUGAAAAGGCCACUGCACGAUUGACAAUCCGCGAACACUUCCAUGCUUCUUAUGAGGCGAUUUUUGGGGAGGUUUCCUGUUCAACGGACAGCUCCCCUUCUUCUCAUCGGCCUCUUUAAGAAUCAUCCAAAAACCACGCCUAUGACACUAAACCUAGAUAUAUAAAUAUAUUAUGUACCGCUUUCAUGGCUGGCUGUGAGCUUUUCUCUCGCUUGCCUUCUCUCCCUUAAAGCCCAUCUCCUUCUGGAACAAGCCAAGAGCUGCCCUUGCCUCUUGCCUCACCUUGUCGUCCUUUGCUGUUGCUGUUCGAAGGAGUUCAGGAAACCCAAGUUCCGUCAAGAGCAAACGCAAACGAGUAUGAUGCCGAGCAACGGGCAGCUAUCGGUGCCCCCCGGUUUCCGGUUUCACCCAACAGAUGAAGAGCUACUCUAUUAUUACCUGAGGAAGAAAGUAGCCUAUGAAGCCAUUGAUCUUGAUAUUAUAAGAGACGUCGACGUCAACAAACUGGAGCCAUGGGAUCUCAAAGAGAAGUGCAGAAUUGGAUCUGGGCCUCAAAACGAGUGGUACUUCUUCAGCCACAAGGACAAGAAGUAUCCCACCGGAACUCGGACCAACCGAGCAACUACUGCUGGCUUCUGGAAGGCCACAGGGAGGGACAAGACUAUCCACCUUAGCAACUCAAAGAGGAUUGGCAUGAGGAAAACCCUAGUCUUCUACACCGGCAGAGCGCCUCAUGGCCAGAAGACUGAAUGGAUCAUGCAUGAGUAUCGCCUUGACGACGAAAGCUCAGACAUUCAGGAAGACGGAUGGGUUGUCUGCAGGGUGUUCAAGAAGAAGAAUCAUCAAAGUGGACUUCCACCGGAAGCAAUCCUCGACGAAGACCAGUUCAAUUCGUUGAAGGCACGUAGGUCUGUUCCAGUGGAUCAGAAGCUGCACUUCCAAAACCCAUGUGAUCUGUCAUUUAAUCGCUCCUUCCACCUGCCUCAGCUUUUGAGCUCUGAACCCACCAUUCCACCUUUCGUGCCUCCACUCCCCAUCAACUCGCUCGACCUCGAGUGUUCUCAGAACCUCAUGAAACUGACAUCAAGUGGAGGUGGUAUUCUCCCACAGGAGAGGUUUACUGGGGAUUGGUCCAUUUUAGACAAGCUUCUAGCAUCUCACAAAAAUCUGGACCAGCUUUUUCACAGCAAAUGCAACCCACCUUCCCAACUCAUGGACAUGGGAUCAUCAGUCCGGAGGAACCCUUUGCUCUUCCUUGGUAGUGAGGCUGACCUCCUGAGGUUUUCUAAUUAGGGUUACCACUAAGCCCCAUUUGUUUCGAAUGGAUAUCUACCUACGAUUACAGGUUUGUGGUUGUAAAUGUAUAUAGAUUCAGUGCUGUUUGGACGAUGAUCAUUUUAAGUUUCUCUUUGAUUUAAAUGGUGCAAUUAUCUAGUUGAUUCAAACGUAGGGUUUGUCAGCGAAAACAUGACGAACCUUAUUAUACCUCAAGCCAUUAUUUCUGGAGAUCAACUAAAUUUUCGUUUGGAUUAAAUUACUUAUCAUAUACUGAUUUUUCUUAUUUCUAAAUCGUUUGUCCGAAAGUAGAGUUUUGUAUGCUGAUGAAGCACCAAUUUCUUCCAGCAGAGCUUCUCGAGCCACCAUGGAUAUAUAUUUGCCGCAUGCCACUAAGCUUCAGUCUUAUUAAGCAGUGCGUUCUUCGAUUCGCUCUAUAGAGAUGUACACGGUGCGGGUCCCAAUGAGUCAUUAGUCGGAGGGCGACACGCAAGUAGGAUUAGUUAAUGUAGAAACCCAUCUCAAACAGAAUCAGGGCAAUAUUUUUCUACCUGUUUCUCGGGUACCCAUUCGGCCACCUGACUCGCAGUCGUUGGAGACCUCUGGGAGUGGGACCCACAAAAAAGUCUAUUCGAAUAUUUGAAAUGACUUGCAACGGGAACUCAUUCGCGCGCCUAUAAAUGCAGGGAGAGAGAGAGAGAGAGAGAUCGGUCUGUGGUGAUUUCGUUGCUCGCUUCGAAAUUCAAUGGGUUCCGAGGAGGGAGAGGAGUUGAGGAAAGGAGAGGGCCGAGAAGAACGAGGAGGACAAGCGUUGCAGCUGUCAAGGAGGGGGACGAGAGCAAGCGGAGGCGGACUGAUCCAGCGAUCAAGGAAGCGACAAAGAAGCAUCUCUUCUUGUAACUCGCCUCGCUCCACCUUCCUCUCUCGCCAUUCUAGCUUCAACUGGUGCUCUCUCUCUCUCUCUCUCUGUUAUAUUUCACGAUGACGCUUAGAUCAGAUUAUCCUCUUCUUUCGUGGUUAAUUCAGUUAAUCUCUUUGGAUCCGCAGAGUUUUCAUUAUGAAAUUUGAUCAUACCUUCCUUCAGAUAUGGAAUUCUAAUCGUUUCCAAGAGCUCACUGAGACCUAUUGACAUCUGUUCUGCCAGAAUUUACCGCUUCAGGAUGCUCUUAGGUUGGAACUUUUGGGGUUUGAUCUUUCUCUCUUUUCAGAUCAUAUUGCCGAUCUCAAAGAAUUAUCAACUCCUAAGGACUCUGCUUAAAUUCCUGAUUCUACUUAUCAAACCUCCAAUCUGGUUACCAGUGGAUGAACUUUAAAAUUCUGCCAAAAGAUGAAUCAUCGCUUUCGAUUCAUUUACCCAUUCGAUCAUAACCGUGCGAUUUAUCGAGUCCGAGAUUGAUAUACAUACAUACACGUACAUCACCGACUCGGUUCUCCCUGCUUUUGUUUAAUACAGUUUACCAGGUCGCCACAAUGAGGGUAAUCUCAUCAAUUAACGUCCUAAUUUAUGGUUUAAUUUAAGAGCUAACUCAUUUUGUCUGGCCUUGAGUUAGUGACAAAAGGAAAUUGCCCUUUUAUUUUUGAAAUUGAAAAAUAAAGACAAAUUAAAUUAAAGGUACGACGUGGACUUGUGGACGGAGAUAGCCAAAUACUUGGACGGCAGCGAUCUGAUGCGUCUGAGCCUGGCCAACCGCUGGUUCAACCAUCUGAUCGCAGAGGAGAGCGUCUGGAUGCAUGCCUGCCUCCGCGACCUCCAUGUCCCCCCUUCUGGAGAAGUUUCCUUUCCCUGGAAGGAUAUCUACGGCUCAGCCUUUGGUACACAUACCAUCCAUCCCCACUCCCGGCUAUUACUUAUUCCCCAUUCCCCCGCUUAACUGACACUUGCCCCUUUCUCCCUCCAGAUGGCAGCCACUCUUAUAACUAUCGGCAGCAGGAAAAGCACAUUGGUAAGAAGCACCUGUUCAAUUGUUAUAUUUGUUCUUGGUGAUGCUAAUGCCGUUGCCUGGCCGUUAGACUGGAUUCGGAUAGGUGCGUUCUUACUUGAUUCGCCCGUCGUGUUGAUGACGGAAAACCUGACGCUGCCCAAAAUGCUGCCGCGGCCGGAGGACGACCCCGCGAAGACGAUUCAGACCACCGGCACGUGCCUGUUAGCUGGCGCCCGGACUGGAAUCUGGAUCGCCGAUCUGCAACUGGUUCGAUGCCCAGUGUGCAACCUCAACACAUGUGAAGGGACGAUGCAGGUGCUGGAUGCGAGACACGUGGAGCUGUUCUUGGAGGAGGGUUUCAAGGACGGGAGCUGGGAGUACGAAGACAUCGGGUCCCACCGGAUCGCGAAGCAGUCCAUCGCUGCCGCUGGGGCCAUCUUCGACUCCAAGCACCUGCCUGAUCCUUCCACUGCCGGUAACGCCCGUGUAGCUUCAGUCGCAUUGCUUUUCCUCCUAGUUUUAGAUUGACACGGCGGCGGCGGUGCUGGUGGUGGAAGGGGUCCUGGAUGCAAAGGCGUGGAUUGGGCAGCAGGAUGACUGGCAGCCUAAGGCGAGGCUGUCGCUCCACGCCGUCGCCGUCAAUACCAAUCUACAGCCGAACGAGGGGCUUCAAGUGCGGUUCCAGGCGAUGCGGAGUACAGGGGCGGACCGGAAGGUAGUUUCUAUUAGAAUCUCGCAGCAGCUCGUUUAGGACUAUUACCACUUUGUAGAACAAAGAGUAAUUUUCCACGAGAUAAGAUCUCGCUUCACAGACUAACUCUUCUACUAGCAUUUACAUUGUAUAGUCUUUUUUUUUCUUUAUUUUUCUAAAUACUGUGAGCAUUCUGUUUUUUAUGUGCAUACUAUUGUAGAUUUUAGCGACCACGUACAUGUAGUGGUUUGAGAUUGAUUGUAUGUUUUGGAAUCGACGUAAACAUUCUCAGAUAUGGCAUAUAUGGCAUGACUCAAAUCUCAGGGAAACAGUAACUGGCAUAUGUGUUUUUUGUAUUAUAUGGGCUAUUAGUCCAUUUCAUUAGACCCGUCAUGCCCACCAAAAGCUCUUUCGG